AUGACAGCAUUGGAGGCGGUUGCUAUGUUUCUUUGGACUUAUGCACACAGCGAAACAAAUCAUAAUGUCCAAAAUAAAUUUGGAAAAUCGAGAGAGACUGUAAGUAGGAAGUUCGGUGAAGUGUUAGAUAGUUUAUGUUUAUUGGCCAAUGAAAACGUCAAGGCUUCAGAUUUUCAAUUUGUAGAAGUUCCAUCCAAAAUUAAAAAUGAUCGUAGAUAUUGGCCUUAUGUUCAAGGGUGCAUUGGAGCUAUAGAUGGAUCACAUGUUCCUGCUAUUCCUCCUGUAAAUGAUCAAAUUCGUUUUAUUGGUCGAAAGGGAUAUCCAACACACAAGGUCAUGUUAGUGUGUAAUUUUGACAUGCUAUUCACUUUUGUGGUUGUUGGUUGGCCUGGCACUGCACAUGACACCCGUAUCUUUUCAACUGUACUUGAAGAAAUGAAAAACGUGUUCCCUCACCCUCCAGAAGGUAAAUAUUAUAUAGUGGAUGCUAGUUAUCCUAAUAUGAAAGGGUAUCUAGCACUUUAUAAAGGUGAAAGAUAUCACAUUCCUGAUUUUAGAGGUUGUAGUCAGCCAGAAGGUAUAGAAGAAACAUUCAACCAUGAACAUUCUUCGUUAAGAAAUGUCAUUGAACGAACAAUUAGAGUUUGGAAGAAUAGGUGGCAUAUUCUACGUGAUAUGAAGCCAUUUCCGUUGAUAAAACAAGAAAAGAUUAUUGUUGCAACAAUGGCACUUCAUAACUACAUUAGACAAUGUGGUGUUAUAGAUGAAGAGUUUGACAAAUGUGAUCGUAAUUCCAAUUAUAUUCUUGAAAGUCAAGAAGAAAGAAGUAAUGAUGAAGAAAUGGGUUCAUAUACUUCUAGAAGAGCAUUGGAUGAUAGUUACAUGGGUAGAGUUCGCAACCAAAUAACUACUGCAUUUAUGGAAAAUAGAAAUCGUUAA